AUGAGUUAAAGACAAAUAAGACUUCUUAAAUCUCAUAAAGAAAGCUACUUAGAAGAUAUAUUGAAGAAUCUGAAUUAUGAAAAAUCUGUUUUUAUUCAAUCGGAUUUAGAAAAUGAUUAAUUUGCAUUUCUGAUUUAGAACUUAAAAAAAUUAUCAAAUUUAACUGAAUUUGGAAUACAAACUGCUUAUAAAUCUCUUUCAGAGUCCUCCUUGUUAUCUUUACUGGCUAAAGAAAUUAAAAAUUUAUCUUAAUUAACUAAAUUAAAACUAAAACUUGAAAGACCUAUUGAAGAUAGAGAUUCAAGUAAGAUAUUAAUUGAAUUAGGUGAUAGCUUGUAAAACUUAAACAAUUUAGAAGAUCUGGCCUUAGAAUUUGGCAAUAUGAAACUUUUUAGUGAAAUAGGAGCAAUUAAUUUAACAACUGGAUUUAAUUCAUUAUAAAUAUUAAAUAAAUUCCAUAUUUCUAUGUAUGUUUACAACUAGUAAGAAGAAAACUUUAUAAAGGAAAUUUUGUCCUCUUCUAUUAAAAAAGAAGUAACUGAACUGUCAAUUCACAUUAUAAAGUAUGUAGAAAAAGGAAAAGAAGAAAAAGCUACUCUUUAUUCUCAAAAUAUAUUUAAUUUAUCUGAAUUUGCUCAAUUAAAUCAUUUAAAGCUAUCUAUUGAUAAAAAAAUCAAAAAUUAUGAAUUUGAUCUCAAGGGUUUUGUAAACUCUCUUGAAUAUUUGAAAAAUUUAAAUAAAAUCUAUUUAAACAUAGAUCAAAUGAGUUUCAAAUAAGUAAAUUUCAGCGAAUUUUAUGACAGAUUAUUUUAGAUUGUUUCUUUAGAAGAACUAGAAACUCGUUUGGUCAUUUCUUAAAUUGAUAAAGAAAUUACUUUAGGUGAAAAAAUGUCUGAAAUUAGCUAGUUGAAAACAUUAAAUUUAAAGCUUGUAAAUAAAGGCAAGAAAUCAACUCUUAAAUUUGGCUAGAAUAUUUCUAAAUAUAAUCAAUUUCGUAAGCUUUAGUUAGAUUUUAAGCAGAUAGAACUGAGCGAAUGCGGAUAAUAAGUUUUCUUUUAAAAUCUUUAAAAGUUAUAGUAAUUUACUUCUAAAUUAGAAAUGGAAAGCUUAACUCCUUCAUUUGUAGAAAAUUUGUAAUUCUUGCAUCAAUUAAAAGCUAUAAAAUUUGCAAUAAAUAAUAUUUAAUAGUAAAUAGCUAGUAAAAUUUUACCAUUUUUUAAAAGCAUUAAAAAUUUAACAAAUUUGGAGAUUAUAGAAGUGUGUUGUGGUUUAGGUUAUUUAGUUACUAGCUAGGAAGAUUUCGAAGACUGUUUUAAAAAUUUAGUUAAUUUGAGAGAUUUCAAAAUCUUAUAAACGAAUAGCUAUGAUGUAAUUAAAAAUUUUUAACUUAUUGCCCCUUUGUUAAAAAAUUUAACUUAAGUUGAAAGACUCCAAGCUGUAUUGGAAAUAGUAGAAAUUCCAGAUCAAUUAAAAUUAAUUAGCUAAAAUUUAGGAUAGUUAAUUUCUUUAAAGAGCUUAAAUUUAAGAGUUAUAAGUUAUAUGCACUACAAUGAGUACUAGCUAAGAUAAGAAGAUAUCUAAAAUUUACUCGAUGGUAUAUCAAAUCUAAUUAACCUCGAAUCCUUAAAUAUUUAUUUUGAUACUAAUUUUAACAAUUAUAAUUUCUUAUAUUAAAAUCUAUCAGCUGUAGUGCAAAAUUUAACUCAAUUAAGGUAUCUCGCAGUAAAUGGAGGUUCAAAACUACAUUCUAUGAAUAAUAUUUUUAAAUUGAAAAGUUUAGUUUUCUUUAAUUAUUUUACUUAUUGGUGA